AUGUCCAAUUCUGAUCCCCUUCCUACCCUAGAGGAGCUUGAUCCCCUUCCUACCCUAAAGAAGCUACACAAGUACCCGAUCUCGUUGCUUGCUACGCUGGCUGACCACAGAGGCGCUGUGAGUGGGAGCCGAUCCCUCGAGAUCUUCAAACCCGGACAUGGAAGUGGACCCGAUUCCGACUUCGACAUCUAUCAACCCCGCAAUCCAGAUGCCGUGAUAGAUAUAAUGCAUACGCUCCGCAUCACUGGUAUAAAGUGGGAAAAUUAUAUCGCCAAAAUUUUCAACGACAUUUGUGACCACGGAUGCGCCAUCUUGCCAUACGAAACGCUUUAUAGUAUGGCAUGGGAAUUAGACAUAAGCCCUAAGAACCUCGAAGCAUACAUCAAAAUUCGAUUUGACAGCAGCGAAAACUGUGCCAAGUUUGCGGAAAGCUUUGCUUCAGCUUUAGGAGGUGUGUACAGUUUGCGUGAGCCCCCGGAAGAUGCGGUAUGGAAGCAUGACAACCAAGAUGGAACUGGUACUGUUAUUCCGCUUUGUGAGACAUUCGGAUGCCUUGAAUAUGAUUUGUUGAAACAGUUUAUUAAAGUGGAAAUUAAAACAACGUUUGAGGAAGUUGAAGAAAAGAUUGAGAAGGAGAGAGAAAAUAUUGAGGAGCAGAGAAAAAAGAUUAAGGAGCAGAGAAUAAAGUGGAAAGGCCUUGGAAUACCCAAACCAUUCUUUUGGGGGUAUCUCUUGCGAAGGUUAAGGAGGAUCUACGUACCGCAGAUUCCAGAGACAAGAGACGAUAUCACUGAGGACUCCACAAGAUAUAUCACUAAAGAGCACUGCAUACGAUAUAUCAUCAAAACAUUUUUCCCAGGAAACUAUUCGAAAAAGAAACCUAAGAAGACAAAUACGGGAGAGGAAAGAAAGACGACGGAGCUAGCUUCUAUUUAUCCCGGUUUCGACUUCUACAUGCUUCGGGGAACUUUGGAAGAUGGUACCCGAGUACAACUAAUGCUCCUCCCACCGAACGAAAGUGUCCUGCACCCGAUAUUGAAAUUCUACGCCACUCAUCUCAUGUCAUUCAUCGGAGGCAUCUUUGCAGCUCACCUAUAUUACGACUCAGCAAAGGAACUGUUCAGCCGUAAAUUGGACAUCUCAGAAGAUGGAUAUGAACACAAGCAUUCGUUAGAAGGGAUUAGGAAAUAUGAAAAAGAAAGAGGGUGGACAUUUGAAGAAAUUGUUGAGAAUAUCUGA